UCAUCUAUGGUAAACGCGGCAUAAAUCUGAGGCGCAGUUUUGUUGCAUUGGGCAUGCGCCAUUCCAAUCCGGAGGUUUAAAAAUCCGUUUCUGUUUUUGAAAGAGUCUCGCGGGUGUGUGUGUUUUUGUGUGAGCACGCCGUGCGAGACAGACUUCUUGCCUCUUCUUUGUAUGCGCUUUGUUUGUGCUGCGUACUUCAUAUUAAGACCAUAAGUCGUCAAGUGCAUUUUUGUUUUCGUGACGGUUCCUAUUUCCACGCAAUUAUAAAAGCGGACAUUUCUGUUGCGCACUAAUGUCGGUCGGGCUGGAGUCUGGAUUUUCUAGCGAGGAGGUGCUGAAUAUUCGCUUCCCUCUUCACCGGGCCUGCAGAGACGGAGAUGUGGGCGCGCUGUGCUUGCUUCUCCAGUGCAGCACAGAUCAGCUCUCUGUGGAAGACUCUUUCUACGGUUGGACACCGUUACACUGGGCUGCACACUUCGGCAAGCUGGAGUGUGUUAUGCGUCUAGUGCAAGUGGGAUGUGGUGUGAACUCCAUGACCUCUCGCUUUGCUCAGACGCCUGCUCAUAUUGCUGCCUUCGGAGGUCAUCCACAAUGCUUGCUUUGGCUGUUGCAAGCUGGAGCUGAUCUUAACAGACAGGACUAUGUGGGAGAAACCCCCCUCCACAAAGCGGCCCGGGCUGGCAGUAUUGACUGCAUUAAAACCCUGCUGUUCCAGGGAGCCAAGACAGACAUGAGGAACGCUAGUGGACUGACAGCAGCUGAUCUAGCCAAUGCCCAGGGCUUUCAAGAGUGUGCCCAACUGCUCUCCAAUGCCCAGAACCAGCAACUCUAUCAGGUUAAUGGGCUGUCAACCAACGGCUCUAUGUGCUAUGGGGACCGCAAGCUAAUCCAAGAGCGGGGCAUCCUUAAUGGGGUACCCAGUCGAAAGAGGUCCCUUGAUUGCAUGGAGCCUAAUCAGAUUAAAAAGGCUAGAACAGACGAUACAAGUUAUCAGGCAAUGAAUGGAGUUAACAGAUCCAGUGAAGGAGACCAGAUGGAGAACACGAACAUGGAGUUUAGGCCAACAUUGAAUACCACAGAAGGACGUUCUUUAAAUGGACAUUGCCAUCCUGUGCCGCACCUCAACGGAGGUGACCAGAUGCAAGGAAAUCUAAAUGGGAAUUCAACCGUCCCAUCAGAGAUUGUGAAUGAGGGCGUUGGGCAUCAUGGUUACUUUGAUGGCCUGCACUUUGGGCAUCAUAACGGCUUUGGAGAUACAGCUGAGAACAUGGAGGAUGCCAGCAGUCAGAUAGAGCACCGCAAGUCAGUUAGUGUAGAGGAGCAGUAUGACCACAUAACCUUUAACACCAUGCACCUCUUUCAUGGGUGUUAAGAUGUCCUGUCCAGAGUCACAUGCCUUUAUAUAUAAACAUACAGAAUGUGCUGAAUUGCAAGUCCAUGUCCUUUAAAUGGGACACUGUCUAUAUUACAUUCUCCUUUAUUAUGUUUCCUUUUUGUAAGUAAAAUCAGAAACCUUUGUUUAAACAUCUUUUUUUAUUAUUCUCUAAUUGGGGCAAUUUAAAAAGAAACCCAGAGUCUCUUAAUUUGAUUUAGUACUUCUGAGGACAUUGCCUGUAUUAAUGGUGCCUACUUACAAAAUAUAAUUGUUUAUUGUCAACUAUUAUGUUGUAAUUGGAGCUGUGUGUGAAUAAAGUGGUUUGUUAAUAAAUUUGUUUUCUAACACAAAUCAACCCCCAACCUCACCAGUAUUUUAAUUAUAAAUGUAAAAGUUUAAACUUAAAAUAAGUGUCAUCAGCUCUUGUAAUGUGCGCUGUGAAACCAGUGAUAAGAAAAAGCUGUGGUUUGUUGACCUUAUAGGCUACAUGUUUGGUUGUAUUUGAUAGCCCACAUCUCUCAAACUUUGAGACUAUGCUCCUUAUUGACAUAGCCUAAUAUAAAUGCAGACUAAACGAAAAUAGGCCACACUUAAAAAUUGACCACUAUUGAAUAGAGAUUGCUAAAACGUGACCAACUGGGCGGCAACGUCAUCAGAACGCAAAGAAUUAUGGGUAUGUUUGGCCAGUUUACAUGGUCUGGCAUCGCAUGGCAAUAGCAGGCUAGGGUUCUGGCAUGAAAAUAAUAAAAAGCGUGAAAAACAGAAUAUAAACCUACAAAAUGCAGCGGUCUAAAGAAAACAUUGUCGGACCAUACCGCUUAAAACUACAUCCUAAUGCAAAAACGAGGUAUGACGAGAAAAUAAAGGGAAUCAAAGUGAUUGUGACUGGUCAGGGGAUGUCAACCUGUUGCCCAACUUUCAGCACCCAUAUAUAUACAACUAUAUGAUAUUAAAUGUUAGUGCAUACACACGAAGUUUUCAGUAACUUCAAGUCGCUGCCGCAGGCCCAGGUCUUUUUUACAGAUGGAUGGGUCCAGGACCUGGAGAUUGUAAAAGUGGGGUAGAAAACUCGUCGGUUCAACGGUAUGCUAAUGUUUUAAGCACCACACUCCUCGCGCGAUCGAACAGUGGAAACAUAAAAACAUACUCCAUCAUUUUGUUCAUAGGAGGACAUCAUUCAAACUGCAAAGUGUUUACUUAUAUUUGUGUCCAGCCAGAGAAGAGUUAUGGCAAUGCGAUGCUUGCACAUGUCUGUGACUUAUCACCCACAACCUACCUCAUACAUUUCCAGUUGUCUUUUCUAUGGACUCUUUAUAAAUGUCUUCAUCUAAAUGUAUUUACAUGUUAAAUAUGUAAAGAAACUGAAAUUAAGUUGGUUGUUACUACUAUUUAAGUUAUGUAAUUGU